AUGUACCGUGUCUAUGACUGCAAAGAGCAUAACUAUACGAAUGACAGAACUCAAGCCAUUCCUACUAUUAAGAAAUUGUCGCCUCAAAAGCAGAUUCAUAUCGCAAUCGGAGAAUACAGAGUGGGUUCACCUCAGUCUUGGAGUGAAGAGCACUCGUUUAAGACAAUGAGAACUGAUGCCAAUUGGGUACCAAAAGUGGUCAUAUUUGGUGACAUGGGAUGGAUUAAAGGCUAUUCAAUACCAAACUUGCAGAAAAUGGCAGAGAAAUAUGCAAUGGAUUUAGUCAUACACAUUGGUGAUAUCGCAUAUGAAUUAUACACAUUCAAAGGCACACUCGGCGAUGGAUUUCUCAAAGCUAUUGAACCGAUAGCCACAAGAGUCCCUUAUAUGGUUAUACCCGGAAAUCAUGAAUAUUAUUGUUAUCGCGAUCAAGACUUAGGCUAUAAUUAUAAGCGUCGAUUCAAAAUGCCUCAGAACACGGACAAUGAGUAUUACACAAUGAAAGUGGGCAAGGCACUUUUUGUAGCCUUUUCCACGGAAUACUAUUUCCGAAUAGAGAACGGAAGCAAUGAAAAGGUGUUAAAACAGAAACUAUGGUUAGAAAGGGUGCUCACAGAAGCCAAUCUGCCCCACAAUAGAGCUAAGCAGCCAUGGAUUAUAGGACUGGGACAUCGGUCACUGUACUGUUCAACUACUGAUUCCAGCUGCAUUAAUGGCAUGACUAUUGAUACGGGUGACACCAAAACUAAAAUGAUUGAAUUGGAAGAAAUUCUGCACCGACAGGGAGUGGACAUUGCCUUUUGGGGACACUAUCACUAUUAUGACAGAUUUUAUCCUGUUUAUAAUCGAACGAUGCAAAACUCAAGUAAUCCAUACGUGAAUCCUUUCUCAACUGUCCAUAUAUUAAGCGGAGCGGCUGGUAUGGAUGGCGACCCCACACCAGAGAGGUUUGUAGACCCGCCUCCCUUGUGGUCUGCGUUCAGAACCAUAGAGUUUGGAUAUUCUGUUAUGAAUGUAGUGAACGAUUCACACCCACAAAAGCCAAUCGACUCGAUAUGGAUAGUGCAACACAAUCAUCAAACAAGAACUUCAGACAAUAAAUGCUCUGUAUAAAUCCUAUUACAAC